AUGGCAAACACGAUCACAACAGCAAGUAGAUCUUCAGAUUUAGCACAUAUUGAUACUAUAUCCUUUAAGCACACACUACAGGAUGCCACUGCUAUUAUAGUAGAACCAAAAGAAUACAAUAUAUCCAUAGCCCAUGGAGGCAAAAAACCUCGCACAAAAGUAAUCUAUAUAGGAAAUUAUGAAGAGAUAUUAGCAAUAUUACCGUUGGCCACAGUAAAGGCUCUACGGGACCAUAUGGAACAAUUACAUUCUUCAGAACAACAAAAGAAAUCCCCUCCUUUUAAUCUCAACAGGAAAUCAUACACCAGCUUCCAUGAACACAAUUUCAUAUUAGAUUAA